CUCUUAAGAUGAAGACUGCAAAAAUAAUUUUGAUGAGAUUUUGCAGAUAUAAGAAAAAGUGUGUCAGCCAGAGGAUGAAGCAGGCUGCUCCGUGUGGUGGAAAUAUUUUUGUGUGUGCAGCUCUUCACCAGCAGAUGGUGGAAUAAUCCUUUAGUGAGCAGCUUUUGGCCUUGUAGUUCCCUGCACACUGGGACAAAAUACAUCAAGUCCUGCAACAAGCCUUCUUCACAGGAGACCCUUUGGCACGCAGUAACAGACGGGAAAAGUACGAGUGCAAACAGCAUCAAUGGUGGCUGCUUUGCAUUUAGAAGUUUCCACAUUUAAAUGGAACUGAGCCAUUGUUGAUGAACCAAAAAUCUGCAGCUGACGGAAAGAACAACAGACAGACCAGCAUUCCUCAAGUCAAGGAUGUGGGGCCUGGCCUGCUCAGGUCUUUUCCUCACCCGAAGUGGGUGGCUGAAUGCCGCACGCUGAUUGGUCCUCCUUUGCCAAGCCCACAGCAUGAGAAGAAGAAAAGGGCGUGUAGAGCGUCAGAUCGAGGCCAUCAGUGUCCUGCACAGCUUGUCAUCCUGCCAUUCCUCUGAAACUGCGAGAUGAUGGCCCAGCAGCCUCUUCAUGUGGCCACUCCAGUGAAGGAGAGCCUUGCCCUGACUAAAGUAGCUGGGACACCCGUCUACCUCAAGCUGGACUCGUCUCAGCCCACGGGAUCCUUUAAGAUCAGGGGCAUCGGACACCUCUGCAAAACCUGGGCAGAGAGAGGAUGCGAGCGGUUUGUCUGCUGUUCAGGAGGAAAUGCUGGGAUGGCAGCAGCUUAUUCUGCCCGUAAACUUGGGGUACCUGCCACCAUAGUAGUUCCGAGUGUUACACCAGACCCCACAGUGGAGAGACUGAGGGACGAGGGCGCCACCGUGAUUAUUCACGGCAAGGCUCUCGAUGAAAGCAUUGAAUACGGACAGCAGCUUGUGGCAAACAACCCGGGCUGGAUCUUCAUCUCACCCUUUGACGACCCCCUCAUCUGGGAAGGCCACACGUCUCUGGUGAAGGAGCUGGAGCAAGACCUGAGCGAGAAGCCGGGAGUCGUGGUGCUGUCGGUGGGAGGCGGAGGCCUGCUGAACGGAGUGGUGGAGGGUCUGCGUCGUGCCAACUGGGCUGAUGUGCCCGUUGUAGCCAUGGAAACCAUAGGAGCACACAGCCUCAGUGCAGCUGUGAAGGCCGGGGAGCUCGUCACUUUACCUGAGAUCACCAGCAUUGCAACCACGCUUGGCCUGACGAGGGUGUCCACACAGACAUUUAAACUGGUGAAGGAGCACACAGUGUUCUCAGAAGUCAUCACAGACCAGGAGGCCGUGAAAGCCGUGGAACGUUUCGUAGAUGAUGAGAAGGUCCUGGUGGAGCCUGCCUGCGGCGCGGCCCUGGCUGCCGUGUACAGCGGCGUUAUCAAAAGGCUGCAGGGCGAAGGCAGGCUGGCGCAGCGCCUGGGCCCUGUGGUCAUCGUGGUGUGCGGUGGAAACAACAUCAGCAUGGAGCAGCUGAUGAAGCUGAAAAAACAGCUGGGGGUUAUCUAGUGUGGCCCACCACCUCCUCGCCUUUCCUCUGUCCCUCCAUCAGCUGGCCUCAGUAUGCAAACCCAGUCACUCAUGUGCUCCAUAGACCGAAUCAUUCCAGACUAUAAAAUUCUCCUGAACACUGAGACUGACAAACGUGAGACAGAGCUGCUGGAGGGUUUUUUAAAUAUUGUCAAAAUGUAAUUGUGAUCCUGCUCAGGUGGAGGUUAUUUCUGAUUUCGGAGACCUCUUUCAGACAAACAUAAGUGUGCAACUGCAAUGGCACAUUUAAGUUGUAUUUAGCGUGCUUGCUUCGUUUGAGUGCCUGUAUGUUGUUCUUCUGCUUUUCUACCUACUUUGGUAUGUAUUUAAAAAUGAAUAAAUAAUAUUUCUGAA